AUGGGCAACGCCAUGCGAGGUGUCAUCGCCUUCAUUCCGUCAGAACGCUGCCAACGCUUCCUCGUGGGAGACCUGAAGGAGAUGCCUCUUGAUCGGACUCUGGACCUGAGCAGCCGUCAGUUGCGACAGUUACCCGUGGCUGCCUGUGUUUUUGACGAGCUGGUCAAGCUCUACCUGAGUGGCAACAACCUCAGUAGCUUGCCGGAGGAACUGCACUGCCUGAGGAAGCUUCAGCUGCUGGCCCUGGACUUUAACUGCUUUGAAGAGCUACCUGCAGCUGUCUGCAAACUACCCCAACUUAGCAUCCUUUACUUGGGUAACAACAGACUUUACCACCUCCCCAAGGAGCUUAGAGAGCUCAAGGAACUUAACACACUCUGGCUGGAGACUAAUUGCUUUACUGUCUUCCCAAAUGUGGUUUGUGAGCUCCCCAACCUCAAGACCCUGCACCUUGGUUAUAACCAGAUUCGCAGUGUACCCAACGAACUUGGAAGGCUGGAAGAGCUUAGAAGUAUCUGGCUGGCUGGGAACGAGCUGGCAGAGUUCCCGCCAGUAUUGCUGGAGAUGCACUUCCUUGCUGUCAUUGAUGUGGAUCGCAACAGAAUCCACCGUUUCCCCGCCCUGUCACACUUGCAGGGGCUAAAACUGGUCAUCUACGACCAUAACCCCUGUGUUAAUGCCCCGAUGGUGGCCGCAGGAGUCAGAAGGGUUGGUCGCUGGGCGGACUGCUCAGAUGAUGAGCAAGAAGAUGAAGGGUCAAAGACAGCCAGUGAGUCAACAGCCAAGGUUGUGGAGGUCGACCCGGAGGAGGAAGUCAACAUUUGA